AUGCGCAUCAAGGUGGAAAGUGCCCCUCCUUUGCCACCAGUCAAGGCCUGGUUCAGCACCCAUUCCGCUACGACUGUGCUCGAGCUCAAGUCGGUCCUCUGCGCCGACCUGCACGCGCUCCGAGACGAUGGCAUUCAAGGGCAAGACAUCGCCCUCGUGCUGGACGACUUUGAGCUCUUGGACGCGAGUCCGAUUGACGUUGUUAGGGAUGGGGACUUAGUCGUAAUCAAGAGGAAUCCGGCCACUCGUUCGCAUAAGCGGAAAGCUCGUUCACCUUCACCUGGUGUUGCACGAAAACGGACGAAACGCGCGUCCCUCCCUACCAAACCUCGACCAGCAUCUCCCAGGCCUCGAGCAGUCAAACGACUGGUGUCCGAGUCUUCUGGACCGGAGUCCUCCAGUAGCUCCGGGUCCGAGUCCUCCAGUAGCUCCGGGUCCGAGUCAGACACCGAAUCAGACUCGGAAACGGACUCAUCUAUAUCGUCUGAGAGCUCCUCAUCAUCAUCUUCAGCGAGCUCUGCACCAUCCACCGAACCGUUUCAUCUCUCAACGCGCAAUGCGCAGAUGCAGGCGCCCGCAACGUCUGCGCAAUCUCAUAAGGAGGGACCAAGUCAGGCGCGCACUUCGUCUUUGACUGAGAAUGUGCCUCCUGGCCUUGGCAAGCCCACCACACACAGCCGCAACCUCCGUCGCCGACGCAAGCGGAUGUACGAGCGACUCGCAACCACAGCCGAGCCUGCUUCUGUAAACUCCAUCCCGCUCGGCACCAGGGCGCAGACAGCAGAAAUCGCGGGCACUCCUGUCAUUGUCGAGAACCCGCAGCAACCAGCGGAACUGGCCGAUGCUUCGAUGGACGUAGCCCCGCGUACCUUCAUGAUGUCAAGCCUGCAGAACAAGAACAAAAAGAAGGGAUUCAAAAAGGCCAUGACGGCAGGCAUUCCGGCAAAGGUUGUGUUUGCCACAGAAGACGGCACUGUAGAUGCACCCGCUACCGAAGAGAACGCACAGCAGACGCCGCCGUCAGACAACACCGAGCAAUACAAGUCAUCCUUGAUCAAUUCCCACCUGGUCCCUCCAUCCGAGAAGCAGGAGCUAGGACUAUUGCCUUCUAAUAUGUUCGUGACGAGUGUGGAUGUGGAGGAGGGAAUGUCCAGAAAGCGGCGGAAGAGGAGGCAAGCGCUGUACAAUCACGAACAUGUGCCCGAGGAGGAGGACGAAGCGGUAAACGCUAUCAGGUCCAACAAGGACCAACAGCACUCGGAGCGCCCUAGCUCCGAUCUGCCUAACGCAGAUACCAUCAGCAAGAAAUGGGAUGCGCUGCCCAAGGUUCAGGAGCGCUCCCAGCUUACCGCAGGCAAGUUGGAGCUCGGUCUCAAUUAUCAGACGUGCACGCCUGAGAUGCUCACCCGCGUCGGACGCGUCGUCGGCGACGAUGACCAACAGCGAGUCGUCAUCGAGCGAUAUGACAAUGAGGGACCCGAAGAGGUCGCGCCCGACAACCGGGAUGGCGGCGUAUCCGUUUUAGACUACGGGUCUCAGGAGUCACACGAGUGGAGGGAGAUUGCGGAGGGAGAUUGGCGGCUGGUGGACGAAGAAGCCCUCACUUCCGGCUGA